GUCCUACCACUGCCAGUGAGCAUUCAGUAUCAGAGAACCACUACUGGCAGCCAGGUGUUUGGAACAUUACUUUUGAAUUGAAAAGCGCCGGAAUAGAGUACCGUCACGUGUGAUCUUUUCACGCUACGAUAUAACAUACAGACAAUUCUAGUAGAAGAGUUUUUCACGAGCUCAGUGAGAGGUGUAAUAUUUGUUAUCUACGGCUAUCCAUCAAAACUUGUUAAACCUUACCAACCAGCAGCAAUCGGUGGGAAGAAUUGUUAAUUACUGUAACGAUGAAAUUUUCAACCGGCUUUAUAUUGUUGGUGUUUUGUGCCAGCUGGACCUACGGGCAGCAGCGUCGUACCACGCCUUUUCGGAUAUCCAACAGAGUGGGAGAGGCAACGGCCAGAACUCCAACGCCUCCGCAGAACGAUGAAACUCUUUCCAGAGCAGUAGUUGAUUUGGCACUGGCUUUAGGUCGGGAAGCUGCGGAAUCCAAUGGAGCCUCAAGCGCCGCCGAUGUCUUCUCCCCCGUCAGUAUUAUGGGUGUUUUGAACCUGCUGCUCCUCGGAGCUGAUGGGAUCAGCAGAUCCGAACUGCUGGGUGCGUUAAAAAUGAACACUCGAAUGACCAUGCCCAAUUAUCACCGGAAGUCAUCCGCCAUGAUGAGUAACCUCUUGUCGAAAAACCCACAAUCGAUGGAUGUCUUACCAUGGAAGGCGGUAUCCUGCAUCAAGGAUGAUUACGAGGACUAUGAUGAUCUACCGGCUCAAACUACUCCCAAAACCACACAACUUCGCAUUGCCAAUGGAAUAUUCUCUCAGAUAAACUUUCCAAUUAGCAGUAAAUUUAUAGACAUAGCCAAUCAAUACUACGGUGCCGAAGCUCAGAGAGUAAACUUCAAAGAUUCCUUCUCGGCAGCAGCUCUCAUCAACAAAUGGGUUACCCAGGCAACCAAUGGACGAAUUCGCGAAGUUUCCAACGGACAAUUUUCGCCCGAAACCAGUAUGAUGAUUGCCAGUUCGCUUUAUUUCAAAGCCUCGUGGGAACACGAAUUCACCGCCAAGUCAACUCGUCCAAGAGAUUUCUACCCCGAUGGCUCCGGACGACCAUCCUUCAAGGUCGAUUCUAUGACCCUCACCGAAUGUCUGCCGUACUACUUCGAUCGGAAUGCCGGAGUACGAAUCAUCGGAUUUCCCUACAGCGACAAUUCCACAACCAUGUACGUGAUCAUGCCCCAGAAUUCCACCCGAGCUAAGCUACGCAGUCUCCAGUUGCAGCUAACUUCCACUCAAAUCGACAACAUGAUUAAGUCUAUGGCUCGCAAAACGGCCACAGUCACCUUCCCAAGAAUGGAACUGACCAGCAGUACAAAUCUGGAGAACUCAUUCCGCCGGCUAGGCAUCAAAUCGAUCUUCCAUCCUCAGCAAAGUAAUCUGCGCAUCAUGCUGGAACCCACCGCUCAAGGCCGAGUUCCACUGCACGUAAGCCAGAUCACACACAAAGUGAACCUGAGCGUCGACGAAAAGGGAACCGAAGGAUCUGCCGUGACGGUGACGCUCGUCGAUCGCGUCGGAUCAUCCGUAAACUUCAUUACCAAUGGACCGUUCCUGAUCUACGUUAGGCACGAUCCCACCAGGCUGCCGAUCUUCUACGGAGCAGUAUAUGAUCCACGAGGUUAGGUUCUGCUGAGAGAAAAAGCGAAACGAAGCGAGAGAGAGAGCAGCUUGGCGGCUCUGCUGUGCGACAUGGUGCCAAAGAACGCUCGAUCGAGAAUGUUUUACAUUCUGGGGAGCGCAACGAUAACUAAGCGACUGUUGAUCAGUUAGAUACUUAUUAUAAGCUUUAGUACUUUGUUCCAGGCAGUAUUUAUAUAUUUUUAAAAAAAUAUUUUGUUUAAUAAAACCCAAUUCAAAUUA